GCAACCUUUCGCAACAAGGUCAGAACGAGUCGCCCAAUAGUGCAAUUGGAUCUUCUCGAUGCAAUUCUGGUCGGUCGCAAAGGAGAAACAGCGCAGGGAAACAGCACAAGCAAGGCACGAGAGGAGAGGACAAGCAUGAAGGGCUUCUUCGGUUCCAAUCCGGCGCGAGAGGGGGACGGGGAGGCGGCCAAGUGCCCCGUCGACCACAAAACGCGCGAGCUGUGGUUGCAGCAAGCGCAGCAAGCGCGCGCCGCGAAUUCGCCAGCAGUUUCGGCAUCGCCGAACCCGCAGUCGACGGAGAGAGUAGCCGCGCCGCCGGCACCGCAGGCCGCUUCUUCCUGGUCGUCAUGGUUCCGGCUCCCUUCCUUCGGCCAACAGCAAAAAUCCCAGGACGCUCCGGCGACGCAGACAUCAACACCACCACCACCGCCACCACGACGGCGCGACGAGUUGCAGCUUGACGAGACGCGCGAGAUCUCGAGCAUCCCGCGGUCCUCGAACCCGGGCCCCGCCGCGUGCCCCGCCAACCACGAACAAGAGACGGGGGCGUCGACGACGGGCAACUGGGUGUACCCGUCCGAGAAGCAGUUCUUCGAAGCCAUGAAGCGCAAGGGCCACCAGGCGGCGGCGGAGGACAUGAAGACGGUGGUGCCCAUCCACAACGCGGUCAACGAGCGGGCCUGGGCCGAGAUCCUCAAGUGGGAGGCGCCGUACGUGCAGCCGGCGGUCAAGGGCGGGUGCGGCGGCCCGAGGCUGCAUAGCUUCGCGGGCCUGGGCAGCGCGACCAUGAGCCCCCGGGCCAGGAUCAACACGCUGCUGGGUUACACGGCGCCGUUUGACCGGCACGACUGGGUCGUGGACCGCUGCGGCACCAAGGUGGAAUACGUGAUUGACUUUUACGCGGGGCGGAAUGACGGGGCCGGCAAAGGGAAGCUCAACUUCUACCUGGAUGUCAGGCCGAAGCUCAAUACGUGGGAGGGCAUCAAGAUGCGGGCCCUGCGGGCUGUUGGACUAUCAUGACGAGGUUGGCUUAGGGAGAAAAACCCGGUAGAAAUACCGAUGGGUCG